AUGAAACCAUCAUUUUUAAAACACCAUUUAGAAAGUAAACAUACAAAUUUAUUGAAUAAGGAGUUAGAGUAUUUUGAACGUCUUUUAGAAGAUCUUAAAAAUAGAAAAAACAACAUAAAACAUUUUUCUGGUGCAGAACAAAAUGCAAAUGCACUAAAAGCUUUUUGCAAAGUUAGUCAUUUGAUCGCAAAGUCUGGAAAAAACCAUACUGUUUGCGAAAACCUAAUCCUCCCUGUCGCAGUAGACAUUUUUUCUUGCAUGCUUGGAGAAAAGAGUAAAAAAUAAUUAAAAUAAUUCUAUUAUUAAAUGAUACAGUUUCAAGGAGAAUCAAUGAUAUGGCGUGUGAUACAAAAGAACAACUUGUUCGAAGAAUUCGAGUUAGCCCUUGCUUUGGGAUACAACUCGAUGAAAAUACGAAUGUUGCUGGUCUAGCCCGACUGAUCGUUUUUCUUCGUGGCAUAUUUCAAGAUGAAGUAUUUGAAGAUCUUUUAUUUUGUAAGACACUUAAAACAUCCACAAAAGGUGGAGAUAUUUUCAAAUUGCUAGAUUCUUUUUUUUCUGAAAACCACUUUGAAUGGAAAUAUUGUAUGUCAGUGUGUAUAAAUGGUGCCAAAGCUAUGAGCGGUCACAUCACAGAGUUGGUAGGCUUUAUUAAAACAGUUUCAGCUGAGUGUAAGUUCACUAAUUGUAUCCUUCACUGAGCAGCUAAGCACCUCCCUGAGGAAUUUAAAAAAGUCCUUGAUCAGAGUGUAAAAAUUGUAAACUUCAUCAAAUCUAGGCCUCAUAAAUCUCGCUACUUUAAAAUUCUAUGUCAGGAUAUGGAGACCCUUCAUGCAAAUGUAUUGCUUCACACUGAAGUACGAUAACUAUCACGGGAAAAUGUUUUGUCCCGUGUGUUUGAACUCCGUAAAAAUUUUAUAUUUUUUUUACUGAACACAAAUCGCAUUUGUCUUCAGUAAUUACUGAAUUUAAUUGGCUUUUGAAGUUGGCUUAUUAAAGUGAUAUUUUUGAAAAACUCAACAUCUGGAAUUUGUCCACGCACGUGUUUCUAAUAUUUUUUAUAUAGAAAAUAAAACUAAUGCAAUGAUUAAAAAGAUUACUCUCUGGGAAAAAGAAAUAUAAAAAACCAACUAUGAGCCUUUUGAAAGAUUUAACAUAUUUUUGCAAGAUAAUAAGAAAAAUUUACCUAAUUUUACUGAACUCAAGACUCAAAUGGCCCAGCACUUGAAUGCACUGAAGAUCCGUAUAAGAGAGUGUUUUCCACCUUCGGAGAAACAGUAUGACUGGAUACGUGAUCCCUUUGAUGCUGAUGCUAUGGACACUAACCUGACUACUUUUGAAAAGGAGCAGCUCCUUGAAGUUUCGUGUGAUCCCACGAUGAAAAACAAAUACUUAAGUUCUGGUAUUACAUUAUUAGAUUUCUGGAUCUGUAUUGGAAAAGAACAAAAAGAACUAUCUAGCACUGCUGUCAAAUUUCUUGUUGGGUUUUCCACCACCUAUUAA